AUGCAGGCCUCCGGGAUCCGCGCGGAGGCGGCACGCGCGACGUCACGCUUGUGUCGGGCCGCGGUGACGUCACGGCGCGCCGGCGCGCCGCGGCGGCGCCGUAUUGAGCGGCGGCGCGCGAGCGCGUCGGCGGCGACGGUGGCGGCGCGGAGUGCGGUGCGCGCAGCGACGAGCGCGGCAUCGCAAGCGACGCGGCCAGCGACUCCGGGCGCAGCGCACGCGCGGCGAGACGCCCGCCGAGAUGGACGGCCCCGAGAUCAAGGCCAUCGAGUCAGCGAGCGACCGCGUGCCCCGACCCUCCCCCACCCCACCUCUCCCCACUCCGCUCCAACCUCGGUGUGUGCACUUCUUACGCCCCCCUUGGACCCGGGUUGUUAA